AUGGCUAGGGACGUUCGUCAAAGCUUCCCGACCACUCCCGUCAAGGCUUCGAAGCGUCGGGGCUCCGAUACUUCGUCGUCGCUGAGCAACUUGUCCGACGACGAUGGCUAUUCCGGCGUGGAUGCCAUUAGUGACGAAGAUGACGAGGAGGAGGAUGUAGAUGCGGCCGAGGAAGAGCAUAUCAUAUCCCAUGUAUAUCAAAGCUCUCCUCGGCCGGUUAUGGAAGCAGAAGAAGAAGAAGAAGAAGAAGAAGCGGAUGACGACGAAGACGAAGCAGAUGAUGAAAAUGAAGACGAGGAGGAGGACGAUGAAGAUGACGGAGGCAACGAUAGUGCCAGUUGGGAAGGUUUCAUGGACGACGAUGGUGUUGCCCCAGCUCAUCAAGAUAAUACAAGCAGUCAUGUACCCGACCCGGGGACGACGUCUCCGCGCCGCGUUCGUUUUGACGUGCCCGACUCGGACGGAGAAUCCACCGACACGGACGACGACUUGGAUGUAGGCUUCUUUCCUGACAUUUUCGUCGAUCAGAACGCACUCGACCCAUCUUUCCGUCGUGAGAUUGAACAUGACGAAGAUGAGGGUAAUUCGUCGGAAUCCAUCUCUUUCUGGGACUUCCAUGAGAUGCCCGAGGACUUCGAUGAUGCCGAUUACAUGAUUAACGAGCCCGACUCCGAGAUGGACCCGGCCGUGAUUGCAGCUUUCGAGGAAGACGACAGCACUCCCGUCGCAACUCCUUUAACUAGUCAAGAGAUCUCCACCACCGUCUCAACGCCCAUGCCAUCGCCUGAGGUCGACGACCUGUCCCUCGAUGGGUACGAAAGCGACGGUGAGACUACCGAGGAUGAAGAUCCCCCGGAGCCCAUUAGACGCAAGGCUAAAGUCGAGGAGGAAGCCUCUGACUCGGACGCCAUCACGCUCAUCAAGCCUCGCCGUGGAAAACCCCGUGUUGGGCGUUUCAACCUUGAUAGUACCGGGACAAAACCUGUCGCGGUCGUCAAUCCAAAGACCGGCAAGUUGAUGAUUUUCACUCCCCAAAGACUCAGACGGCUUGAUCUCUCGCCUGAACAAUUCAACUUCCCAUUCUUUGAGCCUGUCACCCAGUCGUCACCCAUACUAAGCAACUCGGGCAAUUUGAUGAUGGGCGCCAUGUUCUCCUCCAAUACUUUUGGCGACUACGUCAACACGCAAGCUGUUGGUCCGGUCGAGGCAUUCUUUUCUAUGACAUCUGGCGACAAUGGUAUUGAAGAGAGUUCCGAGGAAGACGUUGGAGAAGUUGAAGAGGCGGAGCAAGGGCUUGCGAUCGACGACUUUAUCCACUUCGACGAGGACAGCUCGUCCGACGAAGAUAAUGACGGGGGUGCUGUAGCUGACGAUGACGACGACGUCUUUGUGACACCUGCACGGCCUUCCACUGCAUCCAGCGACGUCACACAUCUCCUCAGCCAACUUGAGAACAACUCCAACAUUGUUGGCACAUUCCGUCGGGACCAAGCCAACUCGCAACUGAUCAGGAACGGCAAAGCGACGCGAGAGUCACUCGCGUUCGGUGGGUCCUUCUACCAGGGCACGCUGCGUGGCAUCAAGGAUGGGCGCAUUCACAGCACCAACGUACCCAUCUCGCCAUUACGCAAGCAGAAGAAGAUGACAGAGCUCGCUAGCAGUCCUCUGUCCGGGAUGGCUCAGAAGCGAAAAGCAUCGUCUGAGCAACAGUGGAGCCACAAGCGCCACCGAAGCAUAUCCGACGUCAAUUCUCUGCACCUUUGA